AACCACAUUGAGAGGGGGGGUGACUUACGCUCUCUUCUGAAAAUAUGAACCACAUUGAGAGGGGGGGUGACUUACGCUCUCUUUUGAAAAUAUGAACCACAUUUAUAGGAAUAUCUGCACUUUAGCAAGUGAUAGUCAACAACAAACAUGCAUUCUAGAAGCAUUGAAACAGCCAAGAAUGACUCCAUUACCAAUUAAUCAAUCGCCACUCAUUUGAAUUUCUCUCUAGUCUCAAACAAUGGGCCAUACAAUUUUAAUCCAUUAUCUGUCCUGUAUCGCUCUGAUAUCCUCCUGCAUUCAUCCAACAAACUCUGCAAAUCCUCUCAAUCCAACAAACUUACUUCUCCACUCCAACUCGAACACCAACCAUGGCAUCCCUCUGCCCCUGUAUUCAACCCCACUUUCCUCUCAUCCCCCCACCACUUCAUUCACCAAGUUCCCCUUCCAAUACAACCUCAAUCUAAUGGCGGAAAUCCAGAUGGGCAACCCUCCUCAGAAGCAAAAGAUGGUGUUGGACACAGGCAGCGAGCUCUCAUGGCUGCAAUGCACACAGUCCUUCAACCCACUUCUCUCCUCCUCCUACGCCCCAAUCCCCUGCACUUCACCAAUCUGCACAAAACAAACCUCAAACUUCCCAAUUCCCACAAUCUGCAAUGCCAAUCGCCUCUGCCAAUUCAUUUACCCCUACGCAGACCAAACAUCAGUACAGGGCAAUCUCGGAACAGACACCAUUACUCUUCCUGAACUCAAAAUCCCAAAUUUUGUAUUCGGCUGCAACAUUUUGGCCCCUCUGCCCGGGACCCCCGGCCUAAUGGGGCUCGGGCGUGGCGCAUUGUCAUUCAUUUCACAGAUUCCAAAACCCAACCAGAACAAAUUCUCUUACUGCAUUGCAGACCCAGUGGAAAGCCCCAAUUCCCCAGGUGUUCUUCUGUUGGGUGAUUCGCCAUUUUCAAAGUAUUUGCAUUACACUCCCCUGUAUACCAUUUCAAUUCCACUGCCUUACUUCAACCGUGUGGCCUACAGUGUCCGGAUUCGAGGCAUCAAGGUCGGAAAGCUUCGAUUGGGUAUUCCCAAAUCUGUUUUUCUUCCUGAUCACACGGGUGCCGGACAGACCAUGAUCGAUUCGGGUACCCAGUUCAGUUUCCUGGUGGGAGAAGCCUAUUUGCCGCUCAGGGCAGCAUUUUUUCGCCAGAACCAGGGGAUUAUGAACCAGAGUGUAGAUGAUAGCUUUGUUUUUCAAGGGGCUUUUGAUCUGUGCUUUUCUCAACCUGGAAAUUCAGCUUUCCCGCAGGUUAGCCCUGUUACUCUGCUGUUUGAUAACCGAGCGCAUGUGAAGUUGCAGAGCCACCAGCUGCUGUAUCAGGUGCCCGGAGAUCUUGUUCGGAAUGGGCGGAGUGUUUACUGUUUCACGUUUGGGAACUCGGAUUUGGUAGGCAUUGUGGAGAAUAUUAUUGGGAAUUUCCAUCAGCAGAACUUGUGGGUUGAGUAUGAUCUCCAGAGCUCUCGCAUUGGAUUUGCAAGGGCUAAUUGCCGGUUUAGUUGAUUUGGAAGGUGGCGAUUGGAAUCCAUGGAUGCCCAGUUGCAGGAUGAGGGAUGAUUUGGAGAUUAGGUGGUCUGAAUUAGCUUGUUGAUCUUGUUUUUGAAUGUUUAAUUCAGUCUGAUCUGCUCUAAAAUUACUUGGUUGCGCAUGUCAAACAUGAUGUGCUGUCUUGCUUGACAGUCUGGUUUUGUUGGAAUCAGAAGGCCUCCAUAAGUCUUGUUGCUGACCUUAAGGCAUUCUAAGGUUGUUGAAGUCUGGAAAAGGGGGCAAUAAAGACAAAUUAGUGUUUGAAUGGAUCUUUUAGACUGUGGCAGGAAAAAAAAACAUUAGGUAUUCUAAGGGGCAGUGUUCAUGUAGUCGAUAUAAAACGGUUCUUUUAUUCAAUAGUAAAACAUUUUUGACAAUUAAUAAUAGGUUAAAUUUAUCGGCAUUUUAGCA